CAGAGGCGCGCGCAGGGCCCGCUGGCCGGGCCGGGGAAUCUCUGCAGCUGCAGCAAUGGAGGACCAGAGGUGUGGUGUGUUCUCGCUCAAAUUCUCGUGGGGUCAGGAGGCCCUCCGGAAGAUCAUCACCACAUUGGCGGUGAAGAAUGAAGAGAUUCAGAACUUUAUCUACUCUCUCAAGCAGAUGCUGCUGAAUGUGGAGGCAAACUCUACCAAGGUGCAGGAGGACCUGGUGUCCGAGUUCCAGUCACUCUUCUCCGUCCUGGAGGAGCUCAAAGAGGGGAUGCUGAUGAAAAUCAAGCAGGACCGUGCCAGCCGCACCUACGAACUGCAGAACCAGCUAGCUGCCUGCACACGAGCCCUGGAGAGUUCCGAGGAGCUUCUGGAAACAGCCAACCAAACUCUGCAAGCCACAGACAGCCAGGAGUUUCCCCAGGCUGCCAAACAGAUCAAAGAUGGUGUGACAAUGGCCCCUGCUUUCCGGCUGUCACUCAAAGCCAAGGUCAGCGACAACAUGAGUCACCUCAUGGUGGACUUUGCACAGGAGCGGAGGAUGCUCCAGGCCCUCAAGUUCCUCCCUGUUCCCAGUGCCCCCGUGAUCGACCUGACAGAGUCUUUGGUGGCCGACAACUGUGUGACGCUGGCGUGGCAGAUGCCAGACGAAGACAGCAAGAUUGACCACUACGUGCUGGAAUAUCGGCGGACCAACUUCGAGGGCCCCCCACGCCUGAAGGAGGAUCAGCCCUGGAUGGUCAUCGAGGGCAUUCGGCAUACGGAGUACACGCUGACUGGUCUCAAGUUUGACAUGAAGUACAUGAACUUCCGGGUCAAGGCCUGUAAUAAAGCGGUUGCAGGUGAAUUCUCUGAGCCGGUGACGCUGGAGACCCCAGCGUUCAUGUUUCGCCUGGAUGCAUCCACAUCCCACCAGAACCUGCGGGUGGAUGAGCUGUCGGUGGAGUGGGACGCCAUGGGCGGGAAGGUGCAAGACAUCAAGGCUCGUGAGAAAGAUGGCAAGGGGCGGACGGCGUCUCCUGUCAACUCCCCUGCCAGAGGAACCCCAUCACCCAAGAGGAUGCCCUCGGGUCGUGGGGGACGGGAUCGCUUUACAGCUGAGUCCUACACGGUGCUGGGGGACACGCUGAUUGACAGUGGGGAGCACUACUGGGAGGUGCGCUACGAGCCCGACAGCAAGGCCUUCGGUGUGGGGGUGGCCUACCGCAGCCUGGGCCGCUUCGAGCAGCUGGGCAAGACGGCGGCGUCCUGGUGCUUGCACGUCAACAACUGGCUGCAGGUCAGCUUCACGGCCAAGCACUCCAACAAGGCCAAGAUUCUAGAUGCGCCGGUGCCUGACUGCCUGGGAGUGUACUGCGAUUUCCACCAAGGCCUCCUGUCCUUCUAUAACGCCCGCACCAAACAGCUGCUGCACACCUUCAAGGCCAAGUUCACGCAGCCGCUGCUCCCCGCUUUCACGGUGUGGUGCGGCAGCUUCCAUGUGACCACGGGCCUCCAGGUCCCCAGCUCUGUGCGCUGCUUGCAGAAGCUCGGCAGCACUACCAGCAGUUCCAACACCAGCCUCACUUAGGGCGUCUGGGACACACCUCCCCACCUGUGUCAUGGUGGGGCCCAGCUGGGGGUGCUAUUCUGCCCCAUGCCCUCUUCUGAUUUGCUGCUUGGAGCCUUAACUGCGGAUGGAGGGGCCAUGGGGGCAGGCAGGGCCUCCUCCCGACUAGUGGGUCUUAAUAAAAAGUUCGACACUGGGCA